UGCUUUGCAGACCAUCAAGCAUCGAUCCAAUCAGAGCGCUGCCGUUUAGUUAUCCGCCCCAGUCGAGCUGCUCAUCCCAACUACAGAGCAACACCUCAAAUCGACCACCACCUCUGCCUGCGACUACCAGCGCCCACCAUGGCCAGCACGAAGCCAUUGACAAUGCUGGUGCGCAGCCGGCCUGCAGCGACGCUCUUGCGACCUUCGCGGUCUGCGUUUGGUCGUCUGCCGCCCCCCGCCACAAUCGCUCUCUUCUCGACGACCUUCCCUCGAGCCGCCCUUCCAGCUGGACCGCCGCCACCAGGAUUCCGAUUGCCUCCCCCGAAGAAGUGGGAUGAAGGAGAAUCCGCAUUGGAUCAAGCAGGCAAAUACUUCCUCUUGAUGGAGAUGUUCCGGGGCAUGUAUGUCCUGAUGGAACAGUUUUUCCGGCCUCCGUAUACCAUUUUCUAUCCCUUUGAGAAGGGCCCCAUCUCGCCCCGUUUCCGAGGCGAACACGCUUUGCGACGAUACCCUACGGGCGAGGAGCGCUGCAUUGCAUGCAAGCUUUGCGAGGCCAUUUGCCCAGCUCAGGCCAUCACAAUUGAGGCCGAGGAGCGUAUGGAUGGAAGCAGAAGGACUUCGAGAUACGAUAUUGAUAUGACCAAGUGCAUAUACUGCGGUCUGUGCCAGGAGAGCUGCCCAGUCGAUGCGAUUGUUGAAGGUCCAAAUGCUGAGUAUGCGACCGAAUCGCGAGAAGAGCUUCUCUACAACAAGGAGAAGCUCUUGGCCAAUGGAGACAAGUGGGAGCCCGAGAUUGCGGCAGCUGCACGCGCGGAUGCUCCGUACAGAUAA